AUGGUUAAGGAGAAAUCGAAGGACGGUGGUAGUAAUGAUCCGAGAGCUGACUGGAAAGAUCUUAAGGAACUACAAGCUUUUUGUGAGUUCUGUGCUGUUCAAGUCAUAGACGACAAGAGGAAAGGCGGAUUUUUGACCAAAACUGGGGUUGAUGCAGUGAUUGAGCAGUUGGGUGCCAAGGGAAAAGUGGUGACUCACUUGCAGAUUAAAAACAAAUGGGAUCUUCUGAAAAAAGGGUGGAAGCAGUAUAACGAGUGUUUUGACAAUGACACUGGGUUGGGUUAUGAUGCUGGAACUGGGAUGCUUGAGGCCAGUGAGGAGUGGUUGACUCGAAAGAUUGCGGCAUGUCCCAAUGCAAAAACCUUUAAAAAUAAACCUUUGCCAAAUCAUGACUUCCUAAACAUCAUGUUUAGAGGCACUGUUGCAACGGGCAAAAAUGCGUUUUGCAUGAGCGGUCAAAUACCAAAGGAAACCACCGAAGGGUCUGGGGACUCUGCUGAUGACACAGAAUUUGUUGACCCCCAAUGUGAACCUUUUGUGAAUGUUGACGCAAUGGAGAUUGAAGGUCCAUCAUCGUUGAGGGCAGGACCGACAGUGACUAAGGAGAAAGGCUUGGCAACCAGUGUCCACCUUUUCAAGCCAAUUUGCAAGAAAUCAAGAAAAAAAACGUUCAGUUGCACAAGAGAUGUCCGACUCUUUGAAGAGCAUCUCAGAUGUUAUUGUUGA